AUGUGCCAUAUGACGGCUUGCUCGUUGCUGAGCUACAUCGCAAUCGCGUGGCUGAAGAUGGUUCCAAUGCAGACAAUAAGAUCUAGGGUUCAGUUCAUGAAGAUCUCUACUCUUAGCUUGAUUUUCUGUGCGUCUGUUGUUAGCGGGAAUGUUUCGCUCAAGUACUUGCCUGUUAGCUUUAAUCAGGCCAUUGGUGCCACAACUCCUUUCUUCACCGCUGUGUUUGCGUACUUGAUGACUCAGAAAAGAGAGGCAUGGUUGACAUAUGUGACUUUGAUUCCGGUCGUCACUGGGGUCGUCAUUGCUAGUGGGGGCGAGCCAAGCUUCCACUUGUUUGGAUUUAUCAUGUGUGUUGCAGCAACAGCUGCUAGGGCUCUUAAAUCAGUGCUGCAGGGGAUUUUGCUUUCUUCUGAAGGGGAGAAGCUGAAUUCUAUGAAUUUGCUCUUGUACAUGGCUCCUAUAGCUGUUGUAUUCCUACUUCCAGCAACACUCAUUAUGGAGGAAAAUGUAGUUGGUAUCACCAUGGCACUUGCAAGAGAGGAUACCAGAAUUGUUUGGCUACUCCUAUUUAAUUCUUCUCUUGCAUAUUUUGUAAACUUGACCAAUUUUCUGGUCACAAAGCACACCAGUGCUUUGACUCUUCAGGUCCUUGGAAAUGCAAAAGGGGCUGUGGCUGUUGUAAUCUCCAUAUUGAUAUUUAGGAAUCCUGUCUCAGUUACUGGAAUGCUCGGGUACAGUCUGACUGUUAUCGGUGUUAUUCUCUAUAGUGAAGCAAAGAAGCGUAGUAGAUGA